CAAAAAGUAAGGCAGUUCUUGGUUUUGUUUGAUGACUCCAAUGAAAACAUGCUUUGAAGUCGUUACUUCAGUUCACUAGCCUGAGCAGUUUCCUUAUAAACAACAGAACCUCCACAGUACAAAAUUCAGUAUGAAAUAAAUUAUCAACCUACAGUUCAAAAACUCUUUCAAGUGACAGCACAGAAAUGAGCCAUUUCAAGGACAGAGAAUACACACUCUCACUUCCAUUGACUGAUGAUCUAGCUUGAAAACAAUCACCUCUACAAUUUAUUUUUUCAAAAAAGGAAGCAAAGACACCAUUAUACUAUGAGGCUCAUGCCACAUCUUAAUGUCUUUUUACAACAGCAGACCACCGCCAAAUUCCACGUAAACUGGAACUUUUCUUCCUAGCUUGUAUUACUAGCAAGCUCACCUUUGUUAAGUAGCACUAACGCUUGCGCACCUCUUAGUACAAUACUCUUAAACACAGAUUGUUUAGGAUGCAUACCUUAUAAAAAUAAAGCCUCAAAGCUACAUUUUCUUAACACAGGUUAAAAAUAAAGCACAUGUUCCUGAGCCAUAGCUGCGCAAGUCCACUUGCAGAGAAUGAAGCACAUUCUCAAACGCAAGUGACAAUACCGUAACAAAGCUGUUUGCUCCAGGGACCCCAUAUAGUUUAAGUAGUAAAUCUGAAACCCAACGACUAAGCUGAGUUUAAUCCAACAGCUCACUCCCCUCUGAGCACAGCCUCUCACUUCUUGAAACCGGCUGUACGCAGGGCGAGGGAGGGGCCGCUGCCGCCUGCCUGGCCAAGCAGAAACUCGUGAGUAAGUUACUAGGGGAAAAACAAGUGCAGCGCGCACACACGACACAGCACGCCGCACACAUGCUGGGGACAGGCGAUCACAAUGUUUUCCAAGCCAAACAAGACAAGGCUUUUCAGCCUCCUUCCUUCUUCAGAAAUGCCACUUAUCAAACACGUGGGGAUGGCGCGGCGCAAAGGAAUGUGAAACGUGAAGUGAAGAAAAGCUGGUAAGCAGCAGAGAAGAUACAAAAGCUAAAAUCACUAUGUGGAGCUGUGAAACAUUAAAUAGUACCGAGAACAGUGAGGACCAGCAUCUCUGCCAUGACUUCCAUCUUGUGCUUUCCAUCUUUUCCCUUCUCUACCUCAUUAUAUGUUUUCCAAUCGGCCUUUGUUACAAUGGCUUGCUGGUCCUAGUUAACCUCUAUAACAAAACAACUAUGACUAUGCCAGAUGUUUACUUUGUCAAUAUUGCCAUUGCUGGUCUCAUCAUCAACGCUCUGGCACCCAUGUACCUUCUAGGUCUUGCCAAUACAAAAUGGGCCAUCUGGAAUUCUAACAAUGAAGUUUAUAUUACGUUACUUAUUUUAUUCAACGUUUCAUCUUUAGUUACCAUGUACUCUACUACAUUGCUCAGUCUGGACUACUACAUUGAACGUGCUCUACCUAGAACUUAUAUGUCAAGUGUGUACAACACGAAACAUGUUUGUGGCUUCAUAUGGGGCGGAGCUAUGCUAACGAGUUUCUCAUCGCUUCUAUUCUACGUCUGCAAUCAUGUAUCCACUAAAAUAAUUGAAUGUUCCAAGAUGCAGAACAAAGAGGCAGCAGAUGCCAUUAUGGUCUUUAUCGGGUAUGUUGUACCAGCUAUUGCUGUACUGUAUGCACUUGUAUUAAUUUUACGGAUACGCAAAGAGGCUACACCACUGGAUCAAGACACUGGACGACUAGAUCCAUCAGUGCACAGGCUUUUGAUUGCCACAGUCUGUACACAGUUCACGUUAUGGACACCCUACUACGUAACUCUUUUGGUGAGCACAUUUACUAACGCACAAGGAAGACUAGUGGAUGAGAAUUACAGUCGAAUAUUACAUUUUACCAAGAUUUUAUCAAAAUUUUUGGCUUUCUCAAGCAGCUUUGUAAUGCCUCUGCUCUACAGAUACAUUAACAAAAACUUUCCCAACAAAUUACGACGCCUGCUUAAAAAAAUACACUGUGGCAAUAAGGGGUGUUCCCAUGAACGCACAGUAGUACAGCAAGUUAGGACGUAGGUAUGAAAAAAUCUCUGGUGCUCAGUUACUACAGUCCUUAGAAUACCAGUACUCAGGCUGUGAUAUUGCUGUGUUGGCACUCAAAAUCAUUUAUGUGAGGGUCCCAACCAGGGAGCUAGAAGGAGCCUUCCGUUACAGUUAAAUGAGACACAGUCUUAAUUUCCAAAUAGUUAAGUAUUUGCAGAAAUCUUGUAAGGCUCUGGCCUAUGUGCUGUAAUACCUGUGACAUCUGAUGUAUUCAGUGCACUGAACUGGUUACACAGCAUAAGUUCUGUCUUCGUAGUUCCAAUUGCCUGAAGAAAUAACUAAGCAGUUAAUUGAAGUCUUGACUGAAGACACAGCACUUUGUAUCUUGUAUAGAAAAAGGAAUUAUCUUAUUUUCUGUACAAAGAAAUAACAGUGCUAUCUUUGAUGAAGUAAAUAGCAUUUUUCAAUGAAGAUGAUCUAGGUGAUCUUUAGUAAAGAUCAUAUUACUCAGUUAUGUAAGUCUAAAUAGUAAUACGUUAAUUAUAAAUUACAUUAUUUAAUUUCUUUCGCCGUCACUGAAUCCCCUCUAAAAACUCCUAAUUUACCAUUUUCAGAAAUUAUAUUCUCACACAAACUAACCUAAGAUUUAACACCUAUAGUAAAUCAAUUUUUUCUAGAUCUAACAAUUAACAAUUUUUUUCUAGUGCUUUGUUUGCAUCCUAAAACAUUUCAACAAUUCAGAAAUAUUUAUUAAUGAAUUCUAAGGGAACUGAGAGAUGUUUUCUCUGCACAUUAAAAUGAAGGACAUAGUGGUUUACAAAGUUAAAAUUUAACUAGUAAAGAAUGUCUGGCUAAGUGUUAUGGUCCACAUAUGUUCAUGUAACAAGAGUAAUUAUCUUAAAAAUAAAUAUGUUUAUGAUUAA